AUGGAAUCAAGAUCCUCCUCCUUUCUUUCCAAAAGGGCGACUGGAAAUGGAAGGAUUGUCGAGAGCGGCGGCCCAGCUCUGGUUACCGCGUAUGACGUCGUUCAGCAGCGGCAGGAAAUUUUCAUCAUCAUCUUUGAGGCGGCGGGGUUGGGCUGCGGGAACCGGUUUGGACAGCGGAAAGAGGUUCCGAAUGCGAGGCUUCAUUCUCCACAAGAUAUUUUCAGAUGCUCAUUGGCAAGCGAGGUUUGGGCAAAGCACUUCCGGUAUACAUUUCCGGUGAGGGGGGUGAAUGAACACGAGGUCUUCUGGACAGAAACCAUUGACAUACAACCCAGAAAUCACAAGGAAGGAUAA